CAAAUUUCCAUUAUCUUAUCAAUAUAAAAAAAAAUUAAUUGUAUAAAAGAAAAUAAAAAUCGCCACUUUGUAUCAGUUUACAAAGUAUCUUCUACUUUAGGUCCCAAGAUGUAUUCCCGAAUUUUAGUAAUUUGUGCUUUAUUAGCUCUUUCCUUUACCGCUUCGGAGGCAAAAGUCUAUGGACAAUGCGAAUUAGCCAAUACCCUUAGAAGCAAAGGUGUUCCAGAAGAUCAGGUCGCUACCUGGGUGUGUAUUGCACAUGCCGAAUCCAACUUCAACACCCAAGCUAUUAACAGCAACACUUGGGACUAUGGUAUCUUCCAGAUCAGCUCUAUUUAUUGGUGCCAAUCCGGAGAUUCUGCCGGAAAUGGUUGUGGAAUCAGCUGCAACAGCUUAUUAGGCGACGACAUUACCGAAGAUAUUGCCUGUGUCCGUUACAUUUACGCGAUGACUGAAUCUUACGGACAAAUUCCCGGAUUUAAGGCCUGGACCACAUAUGCUGGCAACUGUGCCGGAGAUAACAGUGGCUGGAUCUCUGGUUGUUAAACACGUAUUAUUAAAAAGAUAAUAAAAUAAUUUAAGUUCGU